GCCUGGUUACCCCUAGGACGCUGAACUUUGCAAUUGGGACCGUGCCCCUGCUGGCAACGCUGCCGCCACAGGCCUUCUCGCAGACGAGCCGCUGCACAGCGAAUGCCGUCGAAUGCAGCUCUGGCGGAAAGACCACAAACGCUGAAGACCAGCGAAGAGCCAAAGAGCUCCGGGAACAAGCCGGGCUGUCCGACAUCUCGGCUUCCGCAGAAGCCCUGGAACAGAUUCCAGGCGUGAUCAUUGAUGAGGGCACCUUCAAGUAUGUUCUCUUGCGUGUCACUGCUGCGAGUGGUGAGCAGAAGUAUUUGGUCCGUGGCACCUUGGGCGCCGCUUACCACAAGGAUGUGGCCAUCCCGUAUGUCCGCGCGUAUCUUCAGGAGGGCUUCGGCGUUGAGGUCCUGGGUGGCGGCCGGAUUCUGCAUGAUGUUCCCAGGGGCUUCUUGAAAAUUUACGGCUUCUCCUACGGAUUUCCCUGGGCUGACGGCGCGGGGCACCAGAUCUCUGCUGAGGUCUGCAAGGACUUCUUGUCCGGCUAUGAGGUAGACUGGUCAGACGAAGGCUACUGA